AUCGCAGUUAUCAGUCGUGGUUCAUACCAUAACCAGAGCAGUUGUGUGCAGUGGUCGUACUCUGCAGUCGAGUACGUUAGGGGCGUUUCCAUGUGUCGGUGACAGUAGGCUCGGAGACCACGUGCAACUUCCAGGGAGGUCGGGCUUGCUCAGAAAUCGUUCAGCCGUUUUGUUUUCCUGUGAAGUGUAAAAUAAUAUACGUUUGAAAAUAUUUUCGUCUGAACAAAAUGCAUCCAGAUCAGAAAGGUUCAGAUACUUUAUCAGAAGUAUCUGAUGGAGGGACGGCUGGAACGAGUGUUUCUGGUCAAGGGAGCAGUUAUGGAGAAAGCAGCGAAAAUCUUCGAGAGCUUGUCACUACUUUGGGACUCUCGGCAAUCGACGAACUUUAUGAAGAACGAUUCCGUGUUGAUAGACGAAAGUUGGAACACAUGAUUUUAGGUGACGAUGAAGCUCUGGAACCAGCUGACUCGUUUUUCCAGAAGAUCAUGGUCAUGACGAACACUUACAUCAUGUGGCCAUCUCGCCUCAAAAUCGGAGCUAAGUCGAAGAAAGAUCCUCAUGUCAGAGUCGCGGGUCGACGGGAAGAUGUGAAGGUGGCGAAGGACAAGGUUAUGGAAGUUCUGGACACAAGACAGAGCAACCGUGUGACAAUGAAACUGGAUGUGAGCUACACUGAUCACUCUCACAUCAUUGGAAAAGGAGGUUUGACUAUCAAGAAAGUGAUGGAGGAGACCGGUUGCCACAUCCAUUUCCCAGACUCAAACCGCAGCAACUUGAAUGAGAAGAGCAACCAGGUGUCAAUAGCCGGGGAGUUGGAGGGUGUUGAGCAAGCGAGGGCUCGUGUUCGGAAAUUGACUCCAUUGAUCUUCAGCUUUGAGUUGCCAAUAGUAGGAAUGCUGCAGCCUCUCCCUGAUAACAAUUCUCCAUAUCUGAGGAGCAUCCAGGAAAAAUACAAUGUUCAUGUAAUGUUUCGAAACCGUCCCAAGCUGUAUGGAACCAUGGUAGUCAUAAAGGGCUGUGAGUGGGAGGUGGCUAUGGUGAAGGAAGCCACUCUCCUUGUAAUACACCACAUGUGUGAAUCUCUUGCUACUCAGGUUCAGGUGCAUAUGACACUGGAGAUCUCUCCUCAGCACCACAGUAUCGUAUUGGGGAAGAACAGCAACAAUUUGAAGCAGAUCAUGCAGCAAACCUCAACACAGAUCAUGUUCCCUGAUGCUGGCGAUCCCAACAUCCCAAACCUGAAGAAGAGCAAUAUUUGUAUUACAGGAACAAUUCAUAAUGUGUAUCUUGCCAGGCAGCAGCUAAUGGGUUCCCUGCCAGUUGUGCUUAUGUUUGACCUACCUGAGGACAUGGUGGUAGAUACUGACCAAGUCUCUCGACUGAUGCAAAUUCUCGACGUCUUCAUCAGUAUUCGACGCAAGCCCAAACAGAAUGUUGUGUCAGUGAUCAUCAAGGGAAUUGAGCGUAAUGCAACUAAUGUUUAUGAAGCAAGGAGCAAGUUAUUGGGUUUGGAAGAACCAAGAGUUGUUGCUGAUAUACCACCAACGUAUCAUAUCCCAGACACUCCAUCUUUUGGUACAAUUCAUAAUGACAUAUAUGGAACCAGUGCCAGAAGAUGCCAGGUCCAUCAUAAUCUGACCUUGAACACAGGCUGCAUUGGACUUCCAGGAAUUAACAUUCCCUCUUUGCAAGGAGCCCUUACACCCCCUUUUCCAUCACCUGUUGGCAGCAUUGGUAACCCUUGGUCUGGUGGCUUCGGCUCUCCUACUCCUGUGGGUUCAUUCCUCCACACACCUGUACUAACACAACCCACACUGAACCACUUAAUGAACUUGCAGCAACACCAACUUCUGAUGCACCAUGUAGGAGGGGGUAUGGUGGCUCCAAGUACUCUGUCAAAUGGUUCAUCCUGUAGUGCCUCAGUCACUGGUAGCAGUACUAGCAGAUCUCAUAUGCUUGGAAAUUUCUCAAACAGCAGUCUGUCCCUGGCUUCUGAUACAAAGGACAAUAAUGUUUUUUCAUCUUUGAGCAGCAAUACAAGCACUCUGUCAAGUCCUUCAAUAAGCCCCAAAACUCAUAAUUCACCAGUCCAGAAAAAUGGAGUACAAGCAGAUUCAACCAAUGCAGCCUUCUGCAGUAUGAUGUCUGAUCUGAUGAACUAUACAGACCGUCGUGCUCCAGGCUGUGAAAAGAAAACUUUGGAACUUGCUGCUCAGCAGUCAUUUAGUAAAUUCGAUCUCGACAAGAAGAAACUGCUUGCUUACCAAGCAAUGCAAACCAAGCCAGUUCCUGGGAAUGUGCGUGUGCCAACAUCUGCCUGGUCCGGUUAUGGUCUGAGCCAUUCCAGUCCUGCACCAGAACUUGGGCACAGGAAGAAGGAAAGCUUUGCUACUUCACUGCUUGAUGAAGCUUGUGGUACAGAUGGUCCCACAAAUUCAAAUUUGGUUUCAUCACCUUCAUUAUUUCCAUGUACAUCAUCAAAUUAUUCUGAUGUUCCUUCUCUCGGUGCCAGCAACUACCUUGACUCUAUCCCAACCUCUACUGUGAACAGAAUUGCUGGAUGGAACCCUAAAGAUUUGGGUACUCUACUUAUGGCACUGGGACUAGAGAAAUACAUAAAGAAUUUUACCGAACAUGAGAUAGAUUUGACUACCUUUGCUUCACUCACUGAUUCUGAUCUUCGUGAAAUUGGAAUUAGUACAGUCGGAGCUCGUCGAAAAAUGCUGUGGGUAAGCACAGAACUGAAAAGUCAUCAGAACACAUUCUGUAGGAGUGCUGCUCCUGGUUCAGAACUCAAAGCGUCUUCAUCGAUGACAGUAAGUAGCAAUGGUAUUGCAGAUAACUGGUAGAAGCACUUGAACUCAACACGGACUUCACGGAGUUUUUUGCAUGACAAAAUUAUGUUUAUAAAGGAUGAAUUAUUUAUAUAUGAUUUGAAAUCUAAACUGUUGUUUAAACAUUGAAAUGUAAGCUUUAUGAAAAAUGUAUGUUUAUUUGCUUAAUGUAACCAAACCAUCUAUUGAAAUUGAUUGCAGGGGAUUGAAAAUCCCCACAAGUUACUAUGUUAAAGCCUAUUGUCAUUCAUUUUACCACUUCUAGAAUUCUUGUUAAAAAUUUGAACUUUGUGAUAUUGAUGAUAUUAGCUAGAGUGAUGUAUUAUCUUUUAAACUAUGUAUUCAUUUACUCUGUGGUGUGAACUAGUUCAUGCUACAUGUAUAAUGUAAUUUGAAACUUAAAUAUUGCCAUGAUUUUGUAUGUUACAGCUAUUAAUUUUCUGUAAUCAGAACUUAACAUUUAUGAUAAAUGCAACAUUUCUGAAAGUCAAAGAAAAUUACUACUAGUAUUUUUUAUAAAAAAUGAAUAAUAUAAUCAUAGGUGAAGUUCUGUUUGCUUGUAAAAUAUAUGACAUCAUGGUUUUAUUUAAGUGCUGUUUGUGAAUGUGAUACUCUUUAUAAUCAUAGUACUGUCAGUAAUUUUAGAGUACUAUUUUAUUUGAAACUGUACAUCCACAUCCAUUUUAAAUUGUUAUUUAUAAAUGUUACUAUUUACAAUAGGUGUUACAGACUCAAAUAAUGUUAUCAUUUGUAGGACAUAUCUUUUGUACUUUUAUGUUGUAGUUGAAAAUAUGAUACCCAGUUAUAUCCAUAGAAUUAAGUGAUAGGUGAAGGUUUAGAUAUUUGUUAUUCUCCACGAUUGUUUUCAAAUUGUCAUGAGACAGUUAUGAUAAAACUUGCAGGACUUGCCAUAAUAUUUCACUGUUCAACAGAACUUAUGUAAAAUUUAGUGUAGUACAAGAAAUUUGUUCAGCAGUUUUGUAUUACUAAUUUUCUGGACGAUGGCUGUAACCUUUAAUCUCCAGUAUUCUGAAUGGAAAAUUAAGUAUUUUAAUGGAGAAAUAGGAUGUCAUGUACAUUGUAUAUAUGAUAGAAUGUCAUAUUGAAUUCUUUAAAAUAUAUCUUGCAAUGUACAACUGAGUUGAAGAGGUAGAGUGGGGAGGUAAAGUCUGAAAAUUACAUAAUGAUUGCUUGUAAACCAAAUAUUAAUAUUGUAAAUCUGUAAAAUUAUAGUGUUGUAUCUGUGGAAGUAUUUUCAAAUCUCCCCUUCUGCUGAACUACUUUGAGAAUAUGUACAGUAGUUUGCUUUAUUUAACACAAAACUUUUUAAUUCAGUUGUAAUAUCUUUACUGUUCUGAUACUAACAGAUGAAAAUUGUUACUAGCAAUAAAUUAUCUAUAUUAUAUGGUAGAUGGCGUUCAGUGGUAAUUUAGCUGAAAGGCCAAAGGAUAGACUAGACUAUCUGUGUGCAGAUUUUAUGUUCAGUAAGUCAUCCUUUCUAUUAGUUAUUUUUAAAUGUAAUCAAAAUAAGGUAUUUUUGCUAGUAAUUUGGAGUGUUACACAAUAUUUUAUUCAAAAAAUGAUGUGAAAAUGAAGAUAAGCACACAAAUUCCUCAUACAGAAUUUUCUAGUGAAAGUAAGAAUUCAUUAACUUAAAGGCUAUAUUUAGAAAAUAACAUUGAACUGCAGAUGCAGAAUACUGAGAAACAUGGAGAUAUCAAGACCACAAGUAUUUCCAUAGGAAUAUAUUAUUUAGGUUGGAUAAUUCUGCAUGCAAAUGAAUGAGUAUUUGUGUAAAGUACAGAACAUAACAGGUGUGAUUGGUUUUGUUAUUGUUUGGAAUCACAUACUGUUCUCUGUAUAGUCUUCAGUACAGAAAUAGGAUUAAGAAAAUUGGCAUGUCAUUUGAAAUUUGGAAGGUAAAUCCUGCAGAAUGAAGAACUUGCAUGAACUGACAUGCUGAUUACUUUUAUAACACUGGGAGUAGGAUCUCCCUGCCGCUCUCUUAUUGUAUUCUAAUUGGCUCUGAGA